UCUGCUGCCUUCGACACUGUGGAUCACUCCAUCCUCCUGUCUGCCCUGUCAGCAACGGGCAUCUGUGGCACAGCCCUGGACUGGAUUGAGUCCUACCUCUCUGGUCGCUCCUUCCAGGUUUCAGCCCGUAUCUCUGCUUGCCUGAGGGACAUCCAGAGCUGGAUGGACAACCACCAUCUAAAGCUCAACCCAGGCAAGACUGAAAUGAUAUUCAUCCCUGCUAAUACCUCUCCCCAUCUGGAUCUUUCCAUUUCUCUCGGGGAUACCACACUCACGCCGUCACCCAGUGCAAGGAACCUCGGCGUGGUGAUGGACAGCACCCUGUCCCUUUCCGAGAACAUUGCGGCGGUGACCCGGUCUUGCAGGUUCUUCCUAUACAACAUACGGAGAAUCCGCCCCUUUCUCACCCCCUACUCGACCCAGCUCCUGGUCCAAGCGAUGGUUCUGUCCCGCCUGGACUACUGCAAUUCCCUCUUGGCUGGCCUCCCAGCGUCCGCCAUCAGACCCCUCCAACUCAUCCAGAAUGCAGCAGCUCGUCUGGUCUUCAACCUUCCCAAAUACUCACACGUCACCCCCCUGCUUACUUCCCUCCACUGGCUGCCUGUCAUGGCUCGCAUCAAAUUCAAAACAUUGGUGCUAGCCUUCCAAGCAGUUAAAGGGUCUUCCCCAGCUUAUCUGCAAAAAAUCAUCAGACCCUACACCCCUGCCAGACCUCUUCGUUCAGCCUCCACAGGCUGCUUGGCACCUCCCCCUCUCAGAACCUCCACCUCACGCUCACGACUACUGUCUGUUCUGGCUCCACGGUGGUGGAACGAACUCCCCGUUGAGGUCAGAACUAUAGAAUCUCUUCCCACCUUCAAGCGCAAGCUGAAGACGCACCUCUUCAAGCAGCACCUCUCCCCAUCCCUCCCUACCUCCCUGUGAACCUUAAUUGUUGUCUCUGUGACUUGCUUUGUGUAUCGGUAUUUUUAGUUGGCUAGGUAAGCAGUGUUUGGAUAGUUAACUUUGGUGACUUUUGCUCUGUUUGUUUGUUUGUUCAAAAAA